CUCGUGCAACUGCGCGCGACGCCGAAAACUAUACCCACCUACUACCGUUGCCGUAGUUACCUACAUACCCGCCUGAACGGGUAUGCGCACGAGCGAGCAGUGGGCAGGCAGGAAGGAGGGAAGGAAGGAAGGAAGGAGGGGGAGAGAAGCGAGAAAGGAAGGAGGGAGGAAAGGAAGGAGGGAGCGGAAUUAGUCAGUGAUAGAGGGGAGGAGAGGAGGCGAGGCGGCGGGUUGUUCUGCCGAGGUGGACGUGGCGGGUCCGGCGGAGUUCAGCUACAAGUGACCGAGGUGAGGACAGCCGGCCAUGAACCGGACCACCCGCAGGCUGGGCCCAGUUAGCUGUGGGUGGUGACAUCAGAAGGACGUUGUGGCGACCGUUUGUUGGAUUGCUGGAGGAGACGCUCUCAGGGACACGCCCCCUACCUCCAAGCUCCUCCCCUCUCUGGACAGGUAGAUUUUCACAGAGGUGGGAGGGAGGAAGGACUCGGGCAGGAGGAGGAGGAGGAGAGGAAGACGGACUGUGGUAACCUCAGCGAUACUUCAGGUGAGGUGAGGAGGAUUAGCUCCGCCCCUCACCAUGACGGACUUAGAGGCUGAAUGUUUGAGCCUCGGCAUGCCCCCCGAGUGCGGCUCCCCUCCCCCGCCUCUGGACGCCGCUCUGCAGGUGGACUGUGGCACUGGGCCCGACUGCCCCACGCCCACACUCGGCUCGCUGGCGGCAGAGAUCGCUGAGCCGCUGGUGAUGCUGCCGUGCGUGAAGAGUGAGCCGGAGGACGGCGACCUGGAGCCCAUCCGCACCGUGGACCUGUCAGAGAUCCAACCUCUGUCCACCGCCGAGCUGGGCCAGGACCAGAUCAAGAUGGAGAUCAGCGGCCUCGACUACAUCAAGUCUGAGCACCACAGUCACCAUGGCGACCACCACCUGGGCCACUUCCACCACAGCGACGUCACAGAGCUGGACUACAAGUCACACUACGAGCCCAGCUCUGUGUUCGACUACAUCUCCCAGGUGACGGACACUCUGGAGUACAUCAAGUCGGACCACCACGUGGACCUGCAGUGUUACUACACCACCGAGCUGAGCUCCCUGAAGUGUGAGUACCCAGAGUCCAACACCAUGUCCACCCACCUGCCACACAACGGCCUGGAGUCCAUCCACAUGGCCGAGCUCCGCACCGAGCUCAACAAGCUGCGGCCCGACGCCCUGCUGAUGGACGGCAUGGGCAAACUGGACCCUGAGUUUGGAGGGGGGGCGCUGUACGAGCUGCAGCCGGCCGAGCAGGGGAAGACGGCGGAGGGGGUGGUGCCGGCCGGGCAAGGAGGAGGAGGUGGUGGUAGUCUGGUCACGACCAAAACCCAGAGCCCAACGGUGAGGAAACCUCGUAACAUGCAGGGUGAGAAGCCUUUCUCCUGCACACAGUGCGGGAAGAACUUCAGCACACUGGGAAACCUGAAGACGCACCAGCGCAUCCACACUGGGGAGCGGCCCUACACCUGCUCGCAGUGCGGCAAGAGCUUUGGUCAAGCAGGAAACCUCAAACGUCACCAGCUGAUUCACACGGGCCAGAAGCCGUACGUGUGCGCUCACUGUCCCAAAGGCUUCACGAAGGCAGACGACCUGCGGUCGCAUCAGAGGCUGCACACCGGCGAGCGCCCGUUCAUCUGCGUCACCUGCGGGAAGAGCUUCGGCCAAUCGAAGGAGCUGAAGGCUCAUCAGCUGAGUCACACGGGCGAGAGGCCGUACUGCUGCCAGCACUGCGGCAAGAGCUUCACCAAGGAGACCAGCUACCGCAACCACGUGCAGAUCCACACGGGAGAGAAACCCUUCACCUGCUCGCAGUGCGGGAAGACUUUCAGCAACUCGGGCGUGUUAAAAACCCAUGAGAAGAUCCACUCGGGCGAGCGGCCGUUCGGCUGCACGCAGUGCGGGAAGAGCUUCGGCCGCCUCGGCCACCUGAAGGCUCACCAGCAGAUCCACACGGGGGAGCGGCCGUACGCCUGCCCCCACUGUGGGAAGACUUUCAGCCAGUCGGGUCACCUCAAAGCACACGAGCAGAUCCACAAACGAGAGCGUGUGGACACUGCGAGCAGCAGCAGCAGCAGCAGCAGCAGCAGCAGCACGGUGGGCAGCGACAGUAGCUAAAAGAAACUCCAACACCCUUUAACCUCUCGGAAAAACAAAGUAUUAUUCCUCUUUUUUAUAAAUACUAUAUAUAAAGUUUUUUCCUUAUGAAUUUUUCUUACUUUUUCAUACCUUUUGUGCUCUUUUGCAUUAUAUCUGUGGGCAGGGUGGACUCUGACUGAUUUGCUCUUAUGCAAGUGUCUGUGUGUGUGUGUGUGUGUGUGUGUGUGUGUGUGUGCGUGUGUGUGUGCGUGCGUGUGUGUGUUCAUGUACUGUGUGUCUGUGGGUGGGUGUGAUCACCAGGGGCUUGUAGAUAAUCUUUGAACUGGUCUGAGCCGCAGUGAAGACCAGGUCCCAGUACUUAUUUUGGAGUACUUACUGAUACACAAGCACAAAAACUUCAGUGACCAAGUUUAAGUACUCCAUUUACUUUUUUGUUUUUUUUUUACUGAACCAGACCAGCAGCUCCUGAACCAGGACCCCGUUCACUGACCGUCACAGCAGAAGGUUAAAGUCUAGAUUCAGUCCCUUAGAUCGAGUCCUUCAGAUCGAGUCCUUCAGGGCCAGUACACGUACGUGAGUGAGAUGAGGCGUAUAUUCCUGUCUGUAAGCAGUGUUAAGAAUAUAAUCAAAAUGUCUUGAACGUAAAAUCGUUUAAUAAUCAUCUUGUGUUUAUGUCAUUUUAAAAUCUCUGAUCUGGAUCAAAUCCAGACGUGAUGUAAAACUCUUUAAUUCGUGAGCUUUCUGCUCGUCAUACAGAUCAGUGCGGCUCAGUCUGAACACACACAUCUCUUUGUUUGAAGAUUUGUGACCCAGAUACUUACUGUGAUAUUUUACAGUAUCAAAAUCAACUGCUGCAGUGGCAAGACCUGCCUUUGCACUUCUUAAUUUGAACACUAGGUGUCGCCUACAGUUAAUGAUGAGUAAUCAAUAAACACACUGACCUCAGUGAACAUGGCAGCAGACCUGCAGAGACAGAAGGUAGAGAAAUACGUUCUGGAAUAUGUGGGCACAUUAAUAAGCUCCUGUGAGGACGUUAAACUGUUUGAAGAGUAUUUGUGAUUGAAAAUGAAGUUUCUACAGUAAACAGGCUUCUCUGGUGUAGAAACGAUGCAUUCACUAAUGUUUGACCCAAGACUCAUGAUAUUUUACUGAAUAUGACCCACAGUCAAAGUGCUGCUACUUUUACAUGUAACUCGGGUUAGUCAAACCAGAUAGCCUUUAGAUAUCCUGGGUAAGAUGAACUGGCUUCGUAGCACUGAGGCCUCUGGACUCACUUUGUGACGAUCACAUCGGGUCAUUUUACAAAAUUAGUUUUUCCAAAUAAAAAUUAUCUUCUGUUAUUUUCUGUUUUUCCACAAUUUAGUGACUUUUCUAACAAAUAUUUCCGUAAACUUGUAUCUCCUUGCAUUUUGUCCUUAAAGAGACAGUCCACCCCAAAAUCAAACAUGCAUAUUUUUUCCUUUUACCUGUAGAGGUGUUUAUCAGUCUGGAUAGUUUUGGUGUGAGUAGGAAAUAUCGGUCGCAGAGACGUCGGCCUUCUCUCCAGGAUAACAGAAGUAGGGAUGCAAAAUAAUAUCAGCACACCAUCAGUAUCUGACGAUAUCGGCUUUAAAGUGAACCAUCACAAUCGGCCAACAUGCUUUUUCUUAUUCUGCACAAUGAAUGAAUAUCACAGACACUGCACAGUGUUUCAUGUCUCCACCUGCUGGUGGGCCGUCACCAUGAGAGUAUGUGUGUAUAAUAUGAUGUUAAUUCAUCUACAGAACAGACUUGAUGAUGAUCACUGACAUCAGGUGGGAGAAAGUGGAUAUAUCUAUCGGUUUCGGCUAUCGGUCAAAUGAGUUGUUACAUAUCAGUGUAUCGGAUAUCGGCAAAAAAUCCAAUAUUGUGCAUCCUUAAAUGGAACUUGAUGGUUCUACUGUUAGCGCCACUGAGCUAGCUAACGUGACAAGUCAGCCGAGGAAGAUACUGUUAACGUUUACUUGUCACGCUGUCACGAACCGCUCGUCCACUCUCCCUCCUGUGCAGUGAUACGAUUGGUGGGUGUAGUUUGAUAGAAAGAAAAUAGCUCCUACAUGAAGCUGCUCACAACAAAGUCUGUGGGUUAUCUUUAGUAACCGGGUCAUUAUUUCCAGAAAGAAAUGUUUGUUUGUUUGUUUGUUUUUGGCGCUUUGAGCACCACAUGCUGAGUGCCUUCUACUUCCAUUAUAUUAGAGAGAAGGCCGACGUCUUUAUGGCUGAUAUUUCCAACACUCUGCAACUCUUCAAACAAAAUGAGUGUGCUUUGUUUGUGACUAAACUCAUCAGUUAGAGGAGAUUGACAUGUUAGGUUGGAGGUAACGAUCGUUUACUUCGACAUGACAACAUAAACACAGCAGCAUCCACCUUCCUCCACCACAGUGGAUUAAUCAAUUAUGAAAUUAUUAAUUUAUGCGUUUAGUUUUAUUUUCUAAUUUUAGAUUUCUCAUUUUACAUCAGAUAUGACAUCACAGCGAGCACCAGCGUUCAUGAAGGUUCUUUAGGAGGAACUGUUUGUCCACCGUUAUUUCACAGAUUGCCUGAAGUCAAACAUUUAUUUUUUCAUUAGUUUUAUCUGAAGGUUAUUUUAGACACUUUCGGUAAACGGGGUUCUGGUUCAGUUUCCUCAGUUUGUGUUGACAGCAGUAAAAGUACUUAAAGUACACUUCGGUCUACUUGCUGCCAGUUUACGAGUAUUUUCCUGACAGGUGUGGGUACUCGCAGGUACACAGUUCACUCUGUUACUGUAUUGUUAAAAACCUGAUGAUAUCAUUUUGAUAUUUUUAUGGACCAGUAUUGAUUGAUCAGGACACGAUGAUAAUCUGCUGAUACGACAUUCCUUUUUGGUUUUUGUAGCAGAAUCAAAAUUGUUCCAGUUUAAACUCAGUUUUCAGAAUCGUUGGGAUCCAGACGGACCAAAAACAUCAGCACAAAGGAACCCAACACCUCCCCUCCCCCGACAGUCCAGAUCGCUCACUGUGUACAAAUCUUUAUUGAUUAUGUCAUUCCUAAUAAAAGUUAAUAAAACUUUAAAAAAAAAAAAAAAAAAAAGAGAGAAAA